GAUUCCGUAUCCAACACGAGUACGAUAAUUGCUUUAACUCGUUUGGCGGUUCCGUCCAGCACGGACGCUUCGGUUUCGCCAUGAAGCUUAUUUGCAGUAUAUGCAUGGACAUUAUAGACCACUUCAACAUUGGAACUCUAACAGCAGCAUCAUGUGGACACGUCUUUCACGAGGUCUGUCUCAUGAAAUGGGUUUCGAGCAACAAAACUUGUCCGACGUGUCGCAAGCCCGUGCAGAAGAGGCAGAUCAUCAAGUUGUAUUUUGAUACCGGAGAGGUUGAAGACAUCGACUUGGGUCGACUGCAAAACAAGCUAAACGCUGCAGAAGCAGAAGUACAAAGCGUCACACUGGAAAGGUCUAAGCUUCUCCGGGAUCUUGAGACCUGCAAAUCGCUGGUCGUCGUCCAAGAGAACGAAGCGGCGAAAUACAAAGAGAAGUAUAUGGAUACGCUAGGCGAGCUUUCUGCUGCGAAAAUGCAGUCAAGGACACUUCGGAAAGAAGUAGCGGAGAAACGAGCACUUACUGCUGAAGUCGAGGCACUUCAAAGCAAGGUAACGACGUAUGAGAACAUUAAGAGGAUUGUUGACGGCACAACAAAAGAAGCAGAAGACAUAUUGACCACCUAUGGGGAAGGAUUUGGUACUCUAAAGCAGCUGGCUACGUACUGUGUUCUCCUGAAACGCGAAUUGCAAGCUUCCAAUGACAGCCGAGCACAACUUAGACAGCAAGUGGGGGAACUGCGCAAAGAAACCAGCUUCAAGGCAUCUCGUCUCAUGGAAAAGGAGGCCAGCAUAAAGAAGUGGCAAGCAGAAGCAAUUCGCUUCAAGGAACUUCUCUUAGCCGCGGAAGCCAAGUGGGAGUCGCGUGAGAAAUCAGUUUCCCAUGAGAAAUUACUUUUCGAGAGUCCUGCACCCGAACGACUGAAGCGCCCCAGGUUGACAAAUCCAGAAGAGACACCAUCUCCACAUGUGGCGUCACCGUCCCUCAGGGUUGUAACGAAUGCUUGGAGGGCGAAGCCAAGCUCGUCGGCCGUGCAGGACGGUUCCGAGUCAGCCGUAUUGACCCCUCGACUUGUCAUGACGUCAAACUUUUUCAAGCCCAAGCCAAGUAGUGACACGUUCCAGUCGAUUAUACGGACAGGCUACAAUGGAUUUGGUGGUCACUCUAAGCACAUCAUUCCUUCUCGGAAGAAAAAAUAGUGCGUGUACUUAUGGGUAUUCUUUAAAGUUUUACGUUUUAAAGUUUAAGAAGUUGACGAUCUAGAUUAACUCAAGCUCUCUACCUUUUAAUGCAAAGCUGUUAUUGAAUGAGUUCAGGCAUUUUUGUGGACGCUUUUUUUUUUCGCAGUUGUAUGUACCCAUGUUGAAGUGUAAAUAAAUUUGGAAGAGUUUGACAGUG